CUCACCAUGGCCAAGGGCUUCUAUAUCUCCAAGUCCCUGGGCAUUCUGGGCAUCCUGCUGGGUGUGGCGGCCGUGUGCACCAUUGUCACCCUGUCUGUGGUGUAUGCCAAAGAGAAGAACAAGAAUGCAGACUCGGGCCCCGUCAGCCCCACCUCGGGCCCCGUCAGCCCCACCUCGGCCACCACCACGGCCACCACCUUGGACCAAAGCCAACCGUGGAACAGAUACCGCCUGCCCACAACAUUGAUGCCCGAGUCCUACAGGGUGUGGCUGAUGCCCCACCUCCAGCCCAAUGACCAGGGCCUGUACAUCUUCCACGGCAACAGCACCGUCCGCUUUACCUGCAUGGAGGCCACCAAUCUCAUCAUCAUCCACAGCAGGAAUCUCAACUACACCUCCCAGGGGCACCCAGUGACCCUGCGGGGAGUAGGGGGCUCCAGCCCCCCUGAAAUCGACAAGACCGAGUUGGUCGUGCUCACUGACUAUCUGGUGGUGCACCUGAAGGGCGACCUCGUGGUAGGCAGCCAGUAUGAGAUGGACAGUGAGUUUGUGGGGGAGCUGGCUGAUGACCUGGCAGGCUUCUACCGAAGCGAGUACAUGGAUGGGGAUGUCAAAAAGGUGGUGGCCACGACACAGAUGCAGGCCACAGAUGCCCGGAAAUCCUUCCCCUGCUUUGACGAGCCGGCCAUGAAGGCCAUAUUUAACAUCACGAUCGUCCACCCCAAGAACUUCACCGCUCUGUCCAACAUGCUACCCAAAGGUCCCAGUGUCCCAUUUGAUGGAGACCCGACCUGGAAUGUCACUGAGUUUGAACCCACGCCCCGGAUGUCCACAUACCUGCUAGCCUACAUUGUCAGCGAGUUCACCUCUGUACAGAAAGAAACACCCAACAAUGUUCAGAUCAGUAUCUGGGCUCGGCCCAGUGCAACCACAGAGGGCCACAGCAAUUACGCCCUGAACGUGACAGGCCCCAUCCUGGACUUCUUUUCCCAAUAUUAUAACACAUCCUACCCAUUGAAAAAAUCUGACCAGAUUGCCCUGCCUGACUUCAACGCGGGUGCCAUGGAAAACUGGGGGCUGGUGACCUACCGGGAGAACUCCCUGCUGUUCGACCCACUGUCCUCUUCCAGCAGCAACAAGGAGCGGGUGGUCACUGUGAUUGCUCACGAGCUGGCCCACCAGUGGUUUGGGAACCUGGUUACUGUGGCCUGGUGGAACGACUUGUGGCUGAACGAGGGCUUUGCCUCCUACGUGGAGUACCUGGGUGCUGACUACGCAGAACCCAGCUGGAAUCUGAAAGACCUCAUGGUGGUGAAUGACGUGUACAAAGUGAUGGCAGUGGAUGCACUGGCCUCCUCCCACCCGCUGUCCUCCCCUGCCAGUGAGGUCAACACGCCUGCCCAGAUCAGCGAACAGUUUGACACCAUUGCCUACAGCAAGGGAGCUUCAGUCCUCAGGAUGCUGUCCAGCUUCCUGACUGAGGAUGUAUUCAGGAAGGGCCUGGUGUCCUACCUCCACACCUUUGCCUACAAUAACACCAACUACCUGGACCUAUGGGAGCACUUGCAGAAGGCUGUAGAUGACACACCAUCCCUCAAUCUUUCCACCUCCGUGCGCAACAUUAUGGACCGCUGGAUCCUGCAAAUGGGCUUCCCUCUCAUCACUGUGGACACAAACACGGGGACCAUCUCCCAGAAGCACUUCCUCCUUGACCCUGAGUCCAAUGUCACCCGCCCUUCAGAGUUCAACUACCUGUGGUUCGUGCCCAUCUCGUCUGUCAAAAAUGGUAAAGAGCAGGCACAAUACUGGCUGCAGGGCACCGAGGAAGCCCAGAGCGCGCUAUUCCAAACGACGAAUGAUGAUUGGGUCCUGCUGAACAUCAACGUGACGGGCUAUUACCAGGUGAACUACGACGAUAACAACUGGAGGAAAAUUCAGAAUCAGCUGCAGUCAAAUUCGUCGGCCAUCCCUGUCAUCAAUCGGGCCCAAAUCAUCUACGACUCCUUCAACCUGGCCAGUGCCCAAAUAGUCCCUGUCACUCUGGCACUGAACAACACACUCUUCCUGAUCCAAGAGAAAGAGUACAUGCCCUGGCAGGCCGCCCUGAGCAGCCUGAACUACUUCAAGCUCAUGUUCGACCGCUCCGAGGUCUAUGGCCCCAUGCAGAGAUACCUGAGGCGGCAGGUCCAACCCCUCUUCGAUUACUUCAAAAAUGUCACCAAAAACUGGGUGGAGCGCCCCCAAACCCUGAUGGAGCAGUACAAUGAGAUUAAUGCCAUUAGCACUGCCUGCACCAAUGAAAUUAAGGAGUGUGGGGAGCUGGCCUUGAAUCUCUUCACUGAGUGGAUGAGCCAUCCUGAUAACAACACGAUCCACCCCAACCUGCGGUCAACGAUCUACUGCAAUGCCAUUGCCCAGGGUGGGGAGGAGAAGUGGAACUUUGCCUGGGAACAGUUCCAAAAGGCCACACUGGUGAAUGAGGCUGACAAACUCCGCUCAGCCCUGGCCUGCAGCAAGGAGGUGUGGAUCCUGAACAGGUACCUGAGUUAUACCCUAAACCCUGAUCUCAUCCGGAAGCAGGAUGCCACCUCCACCAUCAACAGCAUCGCCAGCAAUGCCGUCGGACAAACUCUGGUCUGGGACUUCAUCCGGAGUAACUGGAAGAAGCUUUUUGAGGAUUAUGGUGGUGGCUCCUUCUCCUUCUCCAACCUCAUCCAGACAGUGACCCGACGAUUCUCCACUGAGUAUGAGCUGCAGCAGCUGGAACAGUUCAAACAGGACAACAUGGACACUGGCUUUGGCUCAGGCACCCGGGCCCUGGAGCAAGCCCUGGAGAAGACGAAAGCCAACAUCAAAUGGGUGAACCAGAACAAGGAGGAGGUGCUCAGGUGGUUCACAGAAAACAGCAUAGUUUCCUGAUCCUUCAAGUUACCUGGCCCCCAUGCAAGAUGCCCAUGUGUGCCUGUCCCAGCAGCCUGUGGCAGGACCCCCUAUUCCCAGAGCCUGAGCCACCAGUGUCCUCCCCUCAAGGACAAAGUCCUGGGCUCACAUUCUCUCCACUCCGCCAGUGGAGCUCCUGGUGGCCAGGCUGUUUGAGCACCUCCC